AAUACAUUUGGAGUGAAAGAUUAGAGUUCUUUAUGUUCAGUGAGCAUUCCGUCUUAUUGAAACAUCAUGACGUCGAAUCGUAAAUGACGGGACACUUGUGGUCCAGUUGUCACCAUUCAAACGCUGUCCAUGGUGCUGAAAAGUGUUGCGUCCAUAUGUGUGUACUAUUCGCCUGUUAAACAAAUCCAAAACAUCUCGGGAAUCUCCUUUCCCUUUGCGUCCUAACAUGAAGUACGGCACUGAAGUUCUGAAAUUUUCAAAAACCGAGGCAUUUUAUCCUUGAAGAUAUUUAUAUGUAAUGUUCCAAAUAAACUCACGGCGUCGCUAGUCUCUCACAGAUAUGAGAGGUUUUUUUUCUCCACCCACUGCAAAGGGAGUAAUCUUGCAUUAAAUCCAGAGUCGCCAUUGUUGCAGGAGGUGGCAUGUUAAUGUUACCAUUACGUUUUAUUUGUGACGGUAGCAACAGAGUGUUUGGAGAUUAUUUUCUGUGAAACAAUGAACCACAAGGGGAAAUCGUUGUUGGGUUUUGUCUGCGGUUUUGCGAUCUUGGUCCACAUCACCACUGCAGACCUCAGCUAUUCUGUUCCAGAGGAGGUGAGACCCGGAUCCAUUGUUGGAAACAUUGCCAAGGACCUCGGACUGGAGGUCGGGAAAUUGUUAACUCGUACAGCUCGUAUUGAUACCGAGGAGCGCUACCAGCAGUACUGUGAUAUUGAUCUUAAAACGGGAAAUUUAGUCAUCAAGGAAAGGAUUGACAGAGAGGAGCUGUGUGGGGAGAAGAUUUCGUGUAUGCUUAGAUUUGAAUUAGUUCUCGAGAGCCCGUUGGAGCUGCACCGCAUAUCGCUGCUCAUUCAGGAUGUCAACGACAAUUCACCCGUUUUUCCAAAGGAUACAAUGAAACUGGAAAUUCGAGAAUCGGCCGACAAAGGGGCUCGAUAUUACGUUAAUGAAGCACACGACGCUGAUAUUGGACAAAACACUGUGAAACAAUACAGCCUGCAAAAGAAUGAACAUUUCGUGCUGUCAGUUCGAGACGACACUGAUGGAUCUAAGAACGUCGAACUGGUGUUAGACAAAGAGCUCGACCGUGAAAAGGAAGAAGAUUUAAAUUUGGUGCUGAUUGCAGUUGAUGGUGGUAAUCCACAAAGAUCAGGAACGACCAAUAUACACGUGAGUGUGCUGGAUGCUAAUGAUAACGCUCCAGUGUUCAGCCAGGCCGUUUACAAAGCCAGUUUGCCUGAAAACUCCGCCCUUGAUACUGUCGUGAUCACAGUAAGUGCCACUGAUGCAGACGAGGGCGUCAAUGGAGAGGUGACAUAUGAGUUCAGCCGCAUUCCAGACAGAGCUAAAAAGGUUUUCUCUCUGAACAGCAACACUGGAGACAUAAAAGUUAUAGGACAGCUUGAUUUUGAGAGUAAUUCUAAAUAUGAGAUGCGCAUUAAUGCCAAAGAUGGUUAUGGACUUUCAUCAGAUUCUAAAGUAAUGAUUGAUAUCACUGAUGUGAAUGACAACGCUCCGGUGAUAUAUCUGAAAUCACUGAAAAACCCCAUACCUGAGAACGUGUCACCUGGUACAGAGGUGGGCAUCAUUAGUGUGCAGGAUGCAGAUUCUGAGACCAACGGACAGGUCCGUUGCUCCAUUCAGCAAGACGUCCCCUUUAAGUUGGUUCCUUCUAUUAAAAACUAUUAUUCUCUGGUGAGCACAGGACAGCUGGACCGUGAAGUGGUGUCUGAUUACAACAUUACAAUCAGUGCCACUGACGAGGGCUCUCCACCUCUGUCCUCGUCUAAAACUGUUCAGUUAUCUGUAGCAGACAUCAACGACAACCCACCUGUGUUUGAGGAGCAGUCGUACAGCGCAUAUGUGAGUGAAAAUAACAAACCAGGCUCCACUUUAUGUUCCGUGAGUGCUCGAGACCCCGACUGGAGACAGAACGGUACAGUGAUUUAUUCUCUGUUGGCCGGUGAGGUGAACGGUGCCCCGGUGUCCUCCUACGUGUCUGUGAACGGAGACACGGGGGCGAUCCACGCUGUGAGGUCGUUUGAUUAUGAGCAGUUGAGGAGUUUUAAAGUCCACGUGAUGGCCCGAGACAACGGUUCUCCUCCGCUGAGCAGCAACGUGACCGUCAGUGUGUUCAUAUCGGAUGUGAAUGACAACUGUCCUCAGAUCCUGUACCCCGCCCCGGAGGGCAACUCGUUCAUGACCGAGCUGGUCCCCAAAGCUGCCCACGGAGGCUCUGUGGUGUCCAAAGUGAUCGCGGUGGACGCGGACUCCGGCCAGAACGCCUGGCUGUCUUAUCAUAUAGUGAAGUCCACUGAUCCGGGCCUUUUCAGUAUUGGUGUCCACAGCGGAGAGAUCAGGACACAGCGGGACAUUUCUGAAUCUGACAGCAUGAAACAGAACCUUAUUGUGGCAGUGAAAGAUAACGGCCAGCCCUCUCUGUCUGCCACCUGUUCCAUGUAUUUACUGAUUUCUGACAACUUGGCUGAGGUGCCCGAACUGAAGGAUAUUUCUUACGAGGAGAAGAAUUCCAAACUGACGUCUUACCUUAUUAUCGCUCUGGUGUGUGUGUCCACGUUUUUUCUGACGUUCAUCAUCAUCAUCCUGGGUGUGAGGUUUUGUCGCAGGAGAAAGCCCAGACUGUUGUUUGAUGGAGCAGUCGCCAUCCCCGGCGCUUAUCUCCCUCCUAAUUACGCAGAUGUUGACGGCACAGGAACUUUGCGCAGCGCUUACAAUUAUGACGCAUAUCUGACGACAGGAUCAAGAACCAGUGACUUUAAGUUUGUGACGUCUUACAAUGACAACACGCUGCCUGCUGAGGAAACAAUCAGAAAAAGUCCCAGUGACUUUCUUGAAGCUUUUGGUGACUCUGACAAUUCUUCCCAGGUAAGAAUUUAAGAGUGUGAAGUUCUUUUUUUCAUCCACUGGUGUUCAGAGGCUGCAGUCCACAUAUUUGAAGUGCCAACCACUAUAUACAUAAUUAUCAACCGUCAAUAAAGUACUUUCAGAAAGCAUUUUCUUUCUCUAUUAAUAAUUAUAAAGUGGAUGUUUUGUGCUGCCAUUUCUAUCUUAAGGUGCCUUCCCCAGAGCAAAGAA